CUCUGCCCUGCUGCCCUUGGAUCCGCAGCAGCCUCGGGAAGAUCCGCGCACGUUGGCGCUGAGUGGCAGCGGCGAGAGCGAAUGGAGAGGGAGGAGGAAGCCACUGGAGGAGGCGCGCUGCCUUGUUGCUAAGGCGGACAGAUCACGGCUGCUGGUCAGAUGGAGAAAGUCCUCUUGGACCUCCAGACCUCAUUGGAGAAGAUGAGUGGAUGGAGAACUGAUUCUCAUUUCCAACGGCGAUCUGGCCAAGAGGCAGCAGCAACAGACACAUGGUUUACACCACAGAACAACAGGUCCUUCAGCAGCUGGCUCGUGUCCGGCUCAGCUGCCAGACUUCCACAGGCAGAAGGCUGUGAAGUGUGCCCGCUGCCCCCCUGGCAACACCAGCAAGUGCGGACCCGUAAAAGAGGCACAGAGUAUCAGCCAAAGAACAUCAAACGCAAACGAACUCACGGCUGGAUCAAGAGGCUCAGCACCCGAGGCGGCAUUGAGGUGAUCCUACGGCGCAUGUUGAAAGGACGGAAGUCCCUCUGUCACUGAGGAUGUCUGCAUUUUCCUGAGGACGCUCAAGAGGGAAAGGCUUGGAGGUGUACAGACUCACAGGACUUGUGCGAUGAGUGUUUGGGUGAUACUGGGUGUGGCUGGAGGGCUUUAUCCUCCUACGGUGAUGAGGAGAGGGACCUCUGACACCUGGUAGUUUCACCUAUCCUAAAGUUGUCGGUCAUUGAAAAAGCUUUAAAAUAAAAACGUUCCCCUGUGUUGUA